CUGGUGGGGUGGAGGCCGGAGGGGGCUUUGGGUGGCAAGGGGCUUGCUUGCGGACAGUCCAGGCUGCAGUUGCAGUGUUGACAGUGAGCCUGACUGUGGGUGUGGACGUUGAGAGGUGUCCCCCCAGAACCCAGAACCUGUGAAAUGCGGGGUGACUGCGGGGGUCAUGGGUGUGGGGAGGCAGGGCCCCUGGGGGCAGGGUGUUGCUCCAGGAUCCUGCAGAAGGUUGGGAGUGGGACUUCUCAGACCCCCUUACGAGGCCCAGCACUGGAGCCUGGAGCAGACGUUUGGGGUCCCCUGGGCCUCAGAUCUCACUCUGCCACUGGCCAGCCAUCAGGAACCUCAGGCCAUUCCAGCCAUUCCAGCCACAGGCCUCUAUCUUCAUGUCAAAGACCACAAGGGCAGGAAGAGGGUGUGGGCCAAUGUGUGAGUGGUCCCUGGGGGAUCUGACAGGGCCCUUGCUGGAAGUGCCUUCUGGGAACUCGUAGGAACAGUCAGGCUCCCCAGGGGAGGUCUCUCUCCACCACUUAGCUCUGCAGGGCCCCCAUGCCGGUGAUGGGCUCCCUCCCUCCUCUGAUGUCUGAGGAAGCUGGUGACCCGGUGCCAAUUCCCACAGUCCUUUGUUGACUGUGCAGACACAAAAGGAUCUGCUGCGUGCGCACACACACACACACACACACACACACACACACGAGCGUGCACACGCACCCCGUGAAGAGCCACUCCCCUACUUCCCACCCCAGCAGUGACUUGGAUGGGGGAGGGACUUUCCUCCACCACUGCCUGGGCCCAUGCGCACCCCAGGUCCUGCAGGAGCUGCUCCCUGGGCCGCGUGGGCAUGGGAGGUGGGCUGAGGCUCCACUCACUCUGGAGGGAGGCUGGAUCCUGGAGAUGAAGUGGGAGGGAAGGGGGGGGCAGCAGCCAGAGGGAACACUGGGCGAAGGCAUCCCUUCCCGAGGGGCAGUGGGGCCACUGGACGACCAGGCCACUUGUGUUCGAGGAUGAUGCCCGUGAGUGUGGCAUCUCCUGUGAAGAGUAGCUGGGUGUGGGGCUUGAGGGUCUAGACCUCAGGGGAGUGGGGUUGCACGAGGGGAAAUAUUCUGUGGGUCCAGGCACCACCCUCUGCUAGGUAUUUCCUGCUGUCCAGUUUCUCACUGUGAAAGAUAACGAUGCAAUAAACCCCUUUGGUCAGGUUUUUCUCCGUAUUUUGGAUAUUUGGGGGCUUUGGAGGUGACUCUGGAACCCCCUCAGGGGGCCCCCCAGACCCCCUGGCCUAUGGGGGAGCUGGGGGUGCUGCCUGCUGUCUGCCACUGGCUGUUUCCCUGGCCUGUUAUUUCCACCCUGAGCUGGGGGCAAGAGUCACUGGGGCCAGGAGACAGGAGAAAUCCAGGUCCUGCCCUGGGCUCCCAGGUGGGCUGGGAAGGCUGGGGGUCAGAGGGUGGGGUGGAGGGUGAACUGACUCUGGAGGAAGGUGCAGGACUCCAGGAGGGAGGGGAGAGGCUUGGAGGGAGUGUUCAGACUGCCUCCUGGUGCCGGAGGCCUUCUGGCCUGUGGGGACCUCGCGACCGAGGCUGGGCCUCACAGACCGCCUUGCAGCUCAGCCUACGACACGCGGCUGCGCCAGAGGGUGGCGGUGAAGAAGCUGUCGCGCCCCUUCCAGUCGCUCAUCCAUGCGCGGAGGACGUACCGCGAGCUGCGGCUGCUCAAGCACCUGAAGCACGAGAACGUCAUCGGGCUGCUGGACGUGUUCACGCCGGCCACCUCCCUCGAGGACUUCAGCGAAGUGUACCUGGUGACCACGCUGAUGGGCGCCGACCUGAACAACAUCGUCAAGUGCCAGGCGCUGAGCGACGAGCACGUUCAGUUCCUCGUGUACCAGCUGCUGCGCGGGCUGAAGGUGGGCGCGGAAGCGGGGGGCGGGCGGGGGCGCAGGGGGCAGAACCUGACGCCCCCGCCGUCUCCCCCUCGCAGUACAUCCACUCGGCGGGGAUCAUCCACCGGGACCUGAAGCCCAGCAACUUGGCUGUGAACGAGGACUGCGAGCUGCGGAUCCUGGACUUUGGGCUCGCGCGCCAGGCGGACGAGGAGAUGACUGGCUACGUGGCCACGCGCUGGUACCGGGCCCCUGAGAUCAUGCUGAACUGGAUGCACUACAACCAGACAGUGGACAUCUGGUCUGUGGGCUGCAUCAUGGCCGAGCUGCUCCAGGGAAAGGCCCUUUUCCCAGGAAAUGACUACAUCGACCAGCUGAAGCGCAUCAUGGAGGUGGUGGGCACACCCAGCCCUGAGGUUCUGGCAAAGAUAUCGUCGGAACACGCCCGGACCUACAUCCAGUCCCUGCCCCACAUGCCCCAGAAGGACCUCAGGAGCAUCUUCCGUGGAGCCAACCCCCUGGCUGUGGACCUCCUGGGACGGAUGCUGGUGCUGGACAGUGACCAGAGGGUCAGUGCAGCCGAGGCCCUGGCCCAUGCCUACUUCAGCCAGUACCACGACCCCGAGGAUGAGCCCGAGGCCGAGCCCUACGACGAAAGCGUUGAGGCCAAGGAGCGCACGGUGGAGGAGUGGAAGGGUGGGCCUGAGGGCUGCGUCCCCCAGAGGCUGAGCGCUGCCUGUUUUCUGCAGGAAGUGCUCCAGUUUCUCUUGAGAGUGGUCUGAGCGAGGCCACGACACGGCCCCCCAGCCCCACUCUAGGGGGUCAGGUAGAGCUGGGGUUGGGUGUGUCCAGCAGAGGCUUGGGGGCAGCACGGGGCAGGCCCAGGAAGGGGCCCAUGGGCCGAGGCUGCUCUCGGAGGGUGGUGGGCCUGGGCUGCUGAAGGCCUGAGCUCACCCUUCCUCCUCCCCUCGCAGAGCUCACCUACCAGGAAGUCCUCAGCUUCAAGCCCCCAGAGCCACCGCAGCCGCCUGGCAGCCUGGACGUUAAGCAGUGAGGGGAAUGCGGCUCGCCAGCCGCACUCGGACCCGAGGAGGGGCCUGAGCCCGCCUGCCCUCCCGCCUCGGCCCGCCAGACUCCCACGAGGGGCACCUUCCAACACCACUGCGGCCAGCAGCGCCCACCCCUGGCUUGGGACCCUUGUCUACACGCCGCGCGUUGUGGGAAGCCUGCACGUGUGUGAGCCACGGGUGUAGGAGUCUGGAUAGAGCAUGCUGGACUUCCUUGGUCCUCCUACCCCCUCCCAGCAACCUGGGUCUCCUUUGGUACCUCGCUAUGGGGGACCUGGGUGCCAUAAGAGCUCCCCCCUGGGGGGGGUGUCUGUUUCCAGAUCUCCUGGGUCGCAGAGGGCUGUCUGUGGGGGGCAGUGCCUUGGGGCCGGAGCCUCCUGGAGACAAAGGAAGGGGUCUCGAUGGUCAGAGCUGCUCAGCCUGGAAGUGGGGGGCUACCCUGGAAAGUGCUGAGACUCAAAGGAUCUUCCAUGGCUGUGGCAGAGUGGGGACAGCUGCCUGGAGCCGUGUGUUCACCUACGCUGUGUGGCACAUAUGUGCUCCUGGAAUUCACAUGUCUGAGUAGAUGCAGACGUGUGUGAACCUGAGGGCACCUGAGGGCCAGUGGCCGUGGCCAGCAGGAGGCCCAAGUUGGGGUGGCUCUACUGUUGCCUCCCCUCCCCUCAGUUCCUGGUGUGGGUGGGGAGGGGGCAUUGCUGAGAUCCUGCUGGGCAGCAUGCAAGGGGCUCGGGCGGCCGUGGGCAGCCAUGUGAGCAACAGCCCCCGCUCCUUGGGUGUGAGGGCUGCAGCAGGGUUCUGAGGCAUGAGGGCACUGUGCCAGCUGGGGGGCUGGCAGGCGCGGGGGCCUCCAGCCUCGAGGACACACAUGCCGAUGUGGACCCGGAUCCUGGACCUUGGUCCAGAGCUGAUGAAGAAACCUAUGCCCACUCUACCUCUGCCCACCCUCUGGCCCUGCAGCCGGGCGCUGGGGCACUCAAGUCUGUGGGUCAGCCCUUGUCCUCUUCCCGCCUUCCGGAGUGGAGUUGACCUAGCGACCUCUGGGACAGGGCCCUGCUCCAGGCGUGUGGGAGGUGUGGGUCCUCCGUCAAGGGGCGUCUGUCAGGUGGUGACCUCUCACCUCGCAGGACCAGGGAGGUCUGAAUGCUAAGUGCCUGCCCCAGGGUUUCGCAAUAAAGUUCCCCUCUCACCCGGCUCGUGUCUCCAGCUCUAGGUUC